AUGUCGCAAGUAUUGCAAGAAAUUGCUGGUGAAGGAAAGUGGUUCUUUCGCAGGGGCGGGGAUGUUGCGACAAGUGGUUGUCAUGAAGUAUUGGGAUGUUUUUGGCAGGCGCGAGAAGUUUCUUACGUUUUAUAUACGUUUUUGUUUUGAAUAAUAUUUUCACACUUCAAAUGUUACAGAAUAUCGUGUCUAUCUAUUUAAUUUGCUGCCGUUUUAUUUAUUGUUUAUGUGGGCGAAAUACAGUUAUCAUGGAAUAUAACAUUCAUAUUCCAUUUAAUAGCAAAGGAUACAUUAUUUAUUAUUUAGGCGAUCGUUUGUAUCGCGUAUUAAGUUUAUGUUCAUUUUGUAGUUGAAUCGUCGUCAAGGAUUGAAAUGUAAAGUAAAAUGGCAGUUAUAUCAUGGAAAUAAAGACGUAUUCAAGACUGUACUCAGUGUGUUCAAUAUAUAUAUAUUAUAUAUAUAUAUAUAUAUAUAUAUAUAUAUAUAUAUAUAUAUAUAUAUAUAUAUAUAUAUAUAUAUAUAUAUAUAUAAAAUUUGGUUUUGUUGCUUAUAAAAACGUAUGGCAAAGUGCUCAAUGGAAAACCAGAGCAUAUUUAAAUUAAGGUACAACAAAUCAACAAAAUCCACUAGGCAUCUUUAUUACUAAAUAGUUUCGUACCACAGUAUGUGGCACUCUUCAGAUAAAUUGACCUAAUGACUAUAGACUAAAACUUACAAGGUUAUAUGUACAAGUGGAUGAGACAUGAAACUUAAUCCUAUUUACAAAGCCCAAAAUGGCCACUUUAAACAAACGUAAUGAGUUAGUAUCGGCAUGUAGGCAUAAUAAAAAAAUCCUUUUAAGUAACAUUUAAAAGCUAGACAUUUAAAUAUACCGCAGUGUGUUAAUCUUUCCGCGUCCUGUCAGCUUAUCAUAUAACAUGUUUAUUAAAUCGCGUGCUUUGUAAAUAGGAUUAGUUUCAUGUCUCAUCCACUUGUACAUAUAACCUAGCUUGUAAGUUUUAGUCUAUAGUCAUUAGGUCAAUUUAUCUGAAGAGUGCCACAUACUGUGGUAUGAAACUAUUUACUAAUAAAGAUGCCUAGUGGAUUUUGUUGAUUUGUUGUACCUUAAGGUGGCUCCCUAGGGUUUUAUUUCCGGGGGUUACGUUCUUCGUAUAUAUGUAAACUAAACUCGUGUGACUUCAAAAUACGAACGGACGUUGUGUUUUAUAUGGAACUCUUUUUUGAAACAAAAGUGUGAACUUUGCUUUAGUUGAAAGCAUAAAAGAGUUCUAAAAGCCAAAACGAUACUUGGAUGUGAUGUUUCAAAAGAAGAUAAUGUAAACUUGUUUUUUUUUCAAGCGGUAUUCUGGAUGUUUUUUGAACCGCCGUACGCGAGGUUCGAUCGCGAACAUUGGGAUAUGGUAUAAAGUUUCCUCAAGAAUUUGCAGUGUUUUCUCCACAAUCUAGCAGCACUUAUGACAAUAAAGAUUACUUAAAUAAUGAGCCCUCUACGGGUGAAAUGAGCAGGGCCGAAACUCCAAACAUACCGCUAUAAAAACUGAAAUUUGAACGGGCAUUUUGCGAAAACAUCCGACGAUAGUACUAACUCGCACGGGACGAAUUUUGACAAACAUUUUUAAAAUUAAUACCAAGAAGUCAUAACCAGUAAUUAUGUAAAUAUCUUUGCCAUUUUUACAUGUAUAAUCCACGCUUAGUUGACCAUUAACCGACACAGUUAUAAACAGUAUAUCGAACAUAAUUUAUAUUUUGUGAUUUCAAAAAAGUCAUGCCUUGUUGUUUUAUGAAGAAUGCAUGUACACGUCAGUUGGGGUAUUAAAUUGUUCGCGUAAAAAUCUAGUAAAAAUUGCCAAAAUUAAACCCAAAUUUCUCCGUUUUCCUUCGGUAAAAUUUUUUAAAACUUUGCACAUUUUUUAAUAUCGGUACAACAAGUGCAAUAUCCUUUUUUCUUAAAAUUAAAUCGAAGGGAAAAUGUUUAAUAUUCAUUUUUGACGUUUUUUAAAUUUUCUAAGAAACGUAUCGAUUUAAUUUUUUUAAAUUGAGGGAAAAAAAUCAUUAUACAAGUAUUAUCUUUUAUGCAAAGUUUUAAAGAAUUUCACCGAAGGAACUUUUUAAAAUGACAUGAUAAAGACAAAUUUUGAGCUUUAUUCUAAGCAUGCUGUUGCCAUGACAACAUAUUUUUAACACAAAAGUAGCAAUUUGCAAUGUUCAGGAGAACAUUGUCAAUGUGUCCAAUAAAUUUCGUUUUCAUGUCAUGUAAAGUAAAGAAACAGGAGUCUCCUGAAUACUAUAGUGUAGUAAAUUAAAAAACCCUAGGGAGCCACCUUAAUUUAUAUAUAUAUAUAUAUAUAUAUAUAUAUAUAUAUAUAUAUAUAUAUAUAUAUAUAUAUAUAUAUAUAUAUAUAUAUAUAUAUAUAUAAUGCAAUUUCUGUUGUGAUUACAACCCUGUUAGCCAAAGACAAAUUAUAUAAACAAAUUCAAUGUGGCGGCACCUGGAGAAAAGUGAAUAAAGGAAUACCGAAUGGUUUUCCGUGCAGGAUUGCGUGAUCCAUGCACGCGGGAUGUUGCGAGACUUUCGGAAAACGUAAAAAUACACGAGCCGUAGGCGAGUGUAUUUUUACGCUUUCCGAAAGUCGAGCAACAUCCCAAGUGCAUGGAUCAUGCUAUCCUGCAUGGGAAAACCAUUCGGUAAUUGUUUUAUAAAAUUACUACAGUGAAACGACGCUUGACUUGAUUAAAAUUACUGAUGAAAUGUGCAGUUCUCACAUGGCUGUUGACCAAUCAAAUUGCGUGUUUCACUUGUAGUUAUUAUAUAAAGUGUCUUACUAAAUUUACCUUUUAAAAGGGUCAAAUAGUGAUUUCAGGAUACAUUAGUGGGCGAUAUAGUUAUAUAGAGCUAUAGUUUCGUUGAAGGACUACUGCUUCAUCAAUAAGUAUUAUAGGUAUCACGAACAGGGCCAUAAUAUGACGAGCUUUCACUGGGGAAAAAAUGAAAAAUCCACGCUAUGAAAUUUGCAAUUGCACCACUAAAUCCUUAGUAUAUUCAUAUUAUUUCUAUACUAUAUCCAUAGUAUGGAAAUAUACAUUUAAAAUUGAUACGGUAAUCAAAAUCCAUUCUAUUUCCAAUAAAGGUCCAUACAAUUUCCAUUCUAUGGCCAUAUGAGUUUUAAAUUCUUUUUCCAGUGUUUGUGAAUCUUGAAAAUGAAAGGAUAAAGAGAGACGGCAAUUGCAUGGUUAUUGGUAUUUUAUUCGUGUCCUAAUAUACCUGUAUAGGAACUUCAAACUUUAAAAUUAAAGUAUUACUGUGUAUCUUUCAUAUCAGGAAAGGAUCUGUUGGCAUCACAUAUCUAGCACUUUUUGACCCAACAACUAUUGGACUUACGUCAAAUAGCUUAAACUCAGAGUUGGAAGCACAGUUGAAUACUGCAAACAAAGAGACAUCCCUGGGACCAUUUCAGCUUAAGAAGACGAGCUCAGGAAAUGCUUUAACGUUUACUGGUGAGCACAGUUAUAUCUUAAUGUGUUUGUAAAAUUACUUAAUAGUAUGAAUGUAUGACUGAAUAAAUUAGUUUCGUUCAGAUAUCUUCAAAUAUUCGAAAUAAUGCUUAUUAAAAGGACAAUCACCUGAAAAUAUAGCCAACAGAAAUAUCAAUAACAAACUUGUAUCGAUACGAUCAAAUAUAGAGUGUGACCUGGGGACAAAUAUUAAUCCAAUUUUAAAGUUGGAUGUAUGGUAAAUGAUCACGAAAUAUUAUGUAAAUCUCUAAGGUUAUCAAAAACAUGCAUGAAAGGAUUAUCAUAAUAUCUGUAUCGCAGUUAAUGGCUGUGCAAUAUAUAUCACAUUAUGCCAACUUGGCUAAUAGCUACACUUAUGCUCAUUGUCUACAGAACCCUAAAACAAUUCCAUAUUUCUAAUAUUCACUUUACGAUGCCAACCUCUAUUGCAAUGCCUUAUAUAUGCAUGUAGCUCACCGUAUUAGGUAAUUACUGUUUGGAAAGCACAUCUUGAUUCAAUGAGAAACGUAGGCUACGAAACCAAUAUACUGCUGAAGAUGCAUGGGCUAAUUUAUUUUACCAGGACUGUGGUGUUAAAUCCACGAACAGUAUAUAGACAAGGAACCUUCAUUCCAUACCAUUAUAUUAUAAAAAGCAACGUUACCAAAAAUAAAACAUCUUAUUAUAUGGCAAGCAUUUGUUUUGGUUAAUGGGGUAAUUUGAUUGCCUGCUGACGAGGCACGAUUUUCCCGUAUUGCCUAUACGGACAAUACGAAAAUUGCUUGCCCGGUGAGAAAAACAAUUGCAAAAACUUUGAAACUCAGUAAAAUAUAAUAUGAAUAUUUCCUGGAAGGCAAAUUUCAUUGCCCAUACAUUUUUAUACAAGAACUUCUGGUGAGAGCUCCGCAACUGUUUCUCUUUACCUCAGUUGAUUACAGCGCUGAACGGGACUCACAGGGCCGAAUGUUCGAUUCUUGGAAGAGGAAUGAUUGUUUCGUUUUUUGCAACUGCUCCUGGUUAGGAUUUAUAAAGUGAUAAAAAUUCCAUUUGUGAUUUCCAUCUACAAAUACCUCGUACGAUUAGUUGAAAACUUGAUAUAAAUUUCAUUUAGACGUGAACGAAUGUCUCUCCAAUUCAAUAUGCCAUCCCAAAGCAAAAUGUAACAACACAGAAGGAUCUUAUACAUGCACAUGUGAUUCUGGAUACAGUGGUGAUGGAUUUUCUUGCGAUGGUAUGCAAACAACCGAAAUUGUAAUUAUUAUAUCAGUUAGAGGAACUAGAAACCAGAUAUGUGCAUGGACAAUGCAAAACCUCACAUAAAUUUCUUUUAGAUGUGAAUGAAUGCCUCAUAGACUCACCAUGUCACACCAAUGCCAAAUGUAACAACACCGAAGGAUCUUAUUCAUGUACAUGCGAUAUUGGAUACAGUGGUGAUGGCUAUUCCUGUGAUGGUAAGAACGAAACUGAAACAGUAAUUGUUAUUUUAUUUAAACAUAUUUUGUUACAGACAUUUUCUCCAAGAGCAUCUCUCAUCAAGGGAGAUUAUGUCAGAUUAUUUACAAAGUUAGUUACAUCAAAACAAAAAGGAUUACAUCAAAAAGAAUUACAUCAAAGCAAAGAUCAAAUAAUCAUAGUGUGGAAGAACAACUGGUAUUCAUUCUCAACUUCUCUAAUAUUAUUAUUAGAAAUUUAUAUGGAAGAAUUUACCACACCAUUGUUUUACAAAACAAGUUUAAAAAGAGUUAUUCGGCCUGAAACAGCUUUGCAUUUAGAAUAA